AGGCCAGCCGCGGGAUGGGGCCAAUUCCGGCGCGCUUCCGCCCCGCCCCGGUAUACCGGAAGUGAAGCUUGGGGGCGGGGUUGAGGAGUGCGGGGCGGCGCUGGCUGCGAGGACGGGAAGGCACGGCGGCAGAUCCACCUGUCCAGACCCAACCACCAGAUGCACCAGUGGCGGUCCAGAAGCCAAUGUUGAACACGGCUCCCAGGUGCUCCCGCAGAGUGAUCAGAAGGUACCCCGUGGGAUGUGCGCACGAUGGACAGCAAGGACUUAGAAGCUGAAAUCCACCCCUUGAAGAAGGAAGAUGUGAAACUGCAGGAGAAUCUGGGGGACCCGCUGAGGAAGGAAGAGAACCUGAACAGUGCGUCCCCGCAGUCCCGCCUCUCCCGAUGCCGGACCGUGGCGUUGUUCCUCUCGCUGUUCGGCUGCCUUCUGGUGGUGUUUGUGAUUUCCUUCAUCAUCCCGUGUCCGGACAGGCCGGUGGCAGAGGGGAUGUGGAGGGUCAAUUACAACACAGCAGUCGCCUACGACUUUCUGGCCACAAAAGACAUAAACAGGGACAGGGUCCAAGAUGUUAUCUUUCUUUAUAAAAACACCAACAGCAGCAACAAUUUCAGCCAGUCCUGCGCCGAUGAAGGCUUCUCCUUCCCCUGCUCCUUUGUGGCUGCUGUGUCAGGGGCCAACGGCAGCAUCCUGUGGGAGAGGCCCGCGGCCCAGGAUGGGGCUCUCGUGCUGUGCGGGAUCCCCCACCCGAGGGACAGUGGGGCAUCUUCCGCCUGCGUCCUUGUGGGCAGAUCUGGUUCUUUCAUCGCAGUCGACUUAUUCACAGGGGAGACCCUGUGGAACCAUCCCAGCAGCUUCAGAAGGAACGCUUCCAUCCUAAGCCCGUUAAUCCAGGUGCCUGACCUGGAUGCUGACGGGGCCCCAGAUCUGCUGGUUCUCACCCAAGAGGACAAGGAGGUUAACAGCUACAUCUAUUCGGGCAGCACUGGGCACCAGAUUGGCCACCGAGGCAGCCUCGGUGUGGAUGGGACCAGUGGCUCCCUCCUUUAUGUCACCAGGGCGGGUGCCCACUACAUACUUCUCCCCUGCGCAAGUUCCCUCUGUGGCCACUCCGUGAAGGGCGUCUACGAAACAGUGACCGGGAGAGACAGCCCACUGAGGAGAGACCCCAGCUGGGAGGACGUGCUCAAUGCCACCAACCACAGGCUGCUUGUGCACAGCUCUGGAGCCAUCCACUAUCUGAUGAACGUUCCCGGGAAAGGCGGCGAGGACCUCCUUCUCGUGAGUUCGGACUCCUGUGUGCUGCUGGAGGGCCAGGAGCUGGCCCCCAGGUGGACCUUCAGCGCGCCCCAGGUCCUCAGAAAACCCAUCCUCGGUCACUACAAACCCGACACCUUAGCCGUGGUCGUUGAAAAUGGAACCGGCGUUGACAGACAGAUCCGGCUCCUGGACCUCAGCACCGGGGCGGUCCUUUGGGUUCUGGCCCUCCCAGGCCUCCCUGGGCACCCUCCGUCUGCCAGCCUGCUGACCGCAGACCACCGCUCAGCCUUCUUCUUCUGGGGCCUCCACGAGCUGGUCGGUGCCAAUCAGAUGGAGCCGGGAGACACCCAGCACAGCCUCUACAUGUUUCACCCCACUCUGCCGGGCGUCCUGCUGGAGCUGGCCAACGUCUCUGCCAACAUCGUCGCCUUCCAAGCGGCCCUGCUGGAGCCAGGCCGCCACGCCGCCUGCAUCCUCCUCACGGGCCCGGCCAGCCCGGAUGCACCCGGCCUGGUCUCCAUGGCCAAGCACAAGGUACAGGACCUCAUCCUGAGCAGCAGGGUGGUUCACCUGACCGAGGGUGGGGCUGACAGCGACCAGGACAUCAGGGACCGGCUCUCCCGCCUGCGGUACCGAAGCGAGGCCUAGAUACACAGCGGUCAGAGCACGAGAGGCUCCAGCUGCCGACAUUAAACAUCCUGGGAAGUUGGCCCUUCGUUCAUUUGCUCUGUACACUGACUCCCACUCCUGAGCCUGGCCACACUCCACAGGGUCUCCUAUGUCCCCAGGGACACGGGUGGGAAAGAGACACCCAGGCCUCUGUCCUGCCCAGCACGCUGUGUCCUCAUCUGGGGUCACACUGGGGUCACAUGCUGAAGGUGGCCUCCCUCUGGGAAGAGCCCAGGCCCGACCUGCAGAAGUCCCCUCCCCACUUCCCACCUGAGCUCAUCCUCCCUGCACUGUCCCCCUGGGGUCCUGGAGCUCAGAGGGUGGUGGUCCCUGAGUGGUCUCAGGGCAGCAGUACCGGCCCCCGGCCCUUCCCAGAGCAGGGAGGGAAGAUGAGCGUGGCUGGUGGGGUCUUGCCCUGGGGAGCGGAGCCCCUCCGACCGGCUCAUGGAGAGGGGGCUUGUAGGCCACGAUGGGUGCACUGCUCACGGACGCCCCGAGGGGAGUUUACACCUGUGCUGGCUGCUUGUGCCAUGACUUUCCCAAGGAACUGCCUUAGGACGCACACUGGGGGCAUUUGGCACCCUCUUGACACACACUGGAGCUGCUUGUCCCUCUGGAGUCCCUGCACCCUUAGGCGUAGCCAGCUCCCCCCCUUCCUGGUGCUGGGACGUCGCCAGCAUUGGUGUCCCUGACGCAGGACUCACCUCUGUGCCUUGCUGCGCCCGGGGCUGCAGUGCACUGUGCGGCUCAGCCGGCCCAGGCACCGCGCAGCCUGCCGACUCUGGGUAGCGCGGAAGGAACCAGAAUAAACGUUUGCACUCGCUGAGAAA